GGCAAUCUUCUUUGUAGUCUCAGGAUCUAGUUUGCUGCCGUGGAAGCCACAUUCUAAAUUGAGGAGUGGAAAGGUAACAGUUUGUUUUUAGUUUCAAAGAUCUCCCCAAAAGAUAGAUUGUUGCUCUUCUUCUGGAAAAUCUUGAUUGGUAGGAUUCCUCCAAGAGCUCAGCCUAAAGUGCUUAUCCUAUCCCCUCACCAACUUCAAAACUGAAGCGUGCCAAGAACUUCUGGAGGAAAAUCUGCUGGGUUCCAUCAUUUCACACAAAUGGCUAAUUCUGGAGGUGGUGCUGUUUGUAAUGGGAAUCUUCACAAUCACAAAAAACAGAGUGACGGCUUGCCAAGUGAGAACUGCACAAAGAAUGGGAUAUUGAAAGAAGCCCAGCAAAAUGGGAAGCCACAUUUUUACAAUAAGCCAAUUGUUGAAUCCUUUGAGGAAGCACCUCUUCACGUUCUGGUCUUCACUUAUAUGGGAUAUGGAAUUGGAACUCUAUUUGGCUAUCUCAGAGACUUUUUGAGAAGCCGGGGAAUAGAAAAAUGCAACGCAGCCGUAGAGCGAGAAGAACAAAAAGAUUUUGUGCCACUGUAUCAAAACUUUGAGAAUUUUUACACACGGAACCUUUACAUGAGAAUCAGAGACAACUGGAACCGGCCCAUUUGCAGUGCCCCAGGAGCUCUGUUCGAUGUGAUGGAGAGGGUAUCAGAUGACUACAACUGGACAUUUAGGUUUACUGGAAGAAUCAUCAAAGAUGUCAUCAACAUGGGCUCCUAUAACUUCCUUGGCCUGGCAGCUAGAUACGAUGAAUCUAUGAGGACAGUGAAGGAUGUUUUAGAGUCGCAUGGCGUAGGUGUGGCCAGUACUAGAUGUGAAAUGGGAACCUUAAAUAAGCAUAAAGAGUUGGAGGACCUUGUGGCUAAGUUCCUGAAUGUAGAAGCAGCCAUGGUCUUUGGGAUGGGAUUUGCAACUAACUCAAUGAAUAUCCCUGCACUAGUUGGAAAGGGAUGCCUCAUUUUAAGCGAUGAGUUAAACCAUGCAUCUCUUGUGCUUGGGGCCAGAAUUUCAGGUGCAACCAUAAGGAUCUUCAAACACAACAACAUGCAAAGCCUCGAGAAGCUCCUGAGAGAUGCUAUAAUCUACGGCCAGCCUCGAACCCGCAGAGCUUGGAAAAAGAUUCUCAUCUUGGUGGAGGGCGUCUACAGCAUGGAGGGUUCCAUCGUGCGUCUUCCCCAGAUCGUGGCUCUAAAGAAGAAAUACAAGGCUUACCUCUACAUAGAUGAAGCUCACAGCAUUGGGUCCCUGGGCCCAACCGGCCGGGGUGUAGUGGAAUUCUUUGGAAUGGACCCUCAAGAUGUCGAUGUGUUAAUGGGCACAUUCACCAAAAGCUUUGGGGCCGCAGGAGGUUACAUAGCUGGAAGGAAGGAUCUUGUGGAUUAUUUACAAGUUCACUCACAUAGUGCUGCUUAUGCUACAUCCAUGAGCCCCCCGAUAGCAGAGCAAAUCAUCAGAUCAAUGAAACUCAUCAUGGGACUGGAUGGGACCACGCAAGGGUUGCAGAGAGUACGGCAACUUGCAAAAAACACAAGAUACUUCCGACAGAGACUGAAUGACAUGGGAUUCAUUGUCUAUGGCAAUGAGGAAUCUCCCGUUAUUCCUGUGCUUCUUUACAUGCCUAGUAAAGUAGCGGCUUUUGCAAGGCAUCUAUUAAACAGAAAAAUUGGGGUAGUUGUAGUUGGAUUUCCAGCUACUCCCCUCGCAGAAGCUCGGGCACGAUUCUGUCUUUCAGCAGCACAUACCCGGGAGAUGUUAGACACAGUUUUGGAAGCCUUGGAUGAGAUGGGCGAUCUCCUGCAACUGAAAUAUUCCCGGCACAGGAAGUCAGCGCGCCCUGAACUCUAUGAUGAAACGAGUUUUGAACUUGACGAUUAAAUUUCCUGAUCCUGAAUGGAACCUAAAGACUUUGCCAGAAAGACCUCUUUUCUUGCCUCAAAAGGAAUAUAAAUGGAUUUCUCUCCCUUUCUAAGGAUAAUUUUGGUUUCUGAAUCAGUUUAAUUUAACAUCUCCAAUUCAGGACUGCAGAGACAAAAAUAUGAUUUUAGAUUUUAAGCUCUCCUCUCCCAAGUAUCCCCUUACGGAUAUACAUGCAUAAACACACACUUCUUAGAAUAUUUUUAAUAGCAAGGAGCCUGUGUUUUAGUUGCUACCAUGCAGCCUCUUUGGUUCAGACUCUUUCAGGAUUUCCAACCAAAUGAAAGGGUUUUGAUUUUUAAUUCAGGGUUUUGAUUUUUAUUUCAUCUGCAGACAUGGGUAAGAGUGGUGGGCAGUAGCCGACCUUCUUGUUGCAUGCAUGAAAACACCUGCUAGAACCCGGUAUCAUGAGAAGUUCCAGGCAGGAGUGUAAAGACAUGUUGCUUCUACCAUUUACCACAUUUGGACUUUUUCCAAGGACAAGUGUCACAAGCCAUAGUUAGUGUUUCAAGGGAGAGAGCAGAAUUGGCCAGCAGCAACUAGAGACAUCUUUGAAGGAAACUUUCCUUUUCCUCUUGCUGGUCUCAUACAGUUUUACAGCUGAGCUUUUG